GCUUGAGGGACAGACCGAAAGAGACAGAUGACAGAUGGUGUGGGAUUUAGAGAAAACCAUUUUUCUAUUAAUUUUUUUCUUCAAUAUAAAGGCUUUUAAGCUAGACUUUCAUUUCAUCCCAACACUUCUUCCUCAGUAAAAAACAAAUUCAUCAAAAUGGGCAGGUUCAUUUUCUUCACCUUCUUCUCCCUUGUGUCUCUUCUGGUAAUCUUCCCCACCGUGAUACCUCAGAGCAAGCCUGUGAUGGCUCAGCCUCUGUACACCAAUUCAAGGUGGAUUGUGGACGAAGGAGGGCAAAGGGUGAAGCUUGCAUGUGUGAAUUGGGUUUCACAUCUGGAAGCCAUGGUGACUGAGGGCCUUAGCAAGCAGCCCGUGGAUGCCAUCUCCAAGAAGAUUGCUUCCAUGGGAUUCAACUGUGUUAGGCUCACUUGGCCUCUUUUCUUGGUCACCAAUGACUCACUGGCUUCUGUAACUGUGAGACAGUCCUUUCAGAGUCUUGGUCUGUCUGAUACCAUUUCAGGAAUCCAGGCCAACAACCCUUCCAUCAUUGAUCUUCCCCUCAUAAAAGCUUUCCAGGCUGUGGUGUCUAGCCUAGGAGCAAAUAAUGUGAUGGUCAUAUUGGACAAUCACAUAAGCAAGCCUGGUUGGUGCUGCAGCAAUUCUGAUGGUAAUGGGUUCUUUGGCGACAAGUAUUUCAAUCCGGACCUCUGGAUUAAGGGACUAACACAGAUGGCCACCAUCUUUAAUGGUGUCUCCAAUGUGGUUGGCAUGAGCUUGAGGAAUGAGCUCCGAGGCCCCAGACAGAAUGUGAAUGAUUGGUACAGGUACAUGCAAAAAGGGGCAGAAGCAGUGCAUUCAGCAAACCCAGAUGUUCUUGUCAUUCUCUCAGGCUUGAGUUACGACAGAGACUUGUCAUUUCUCCGCAAUCAACAAGUAAACCUCACAUUCACUGGAAAGCUAGUAUUUGAGAUGCAUUGGUAUGGGUUUUCAGAUGGACAAGCAUGGCUAUCCGGCAACCCAAAUCAAGUGUGUGGAAGAGUGGUGGAUAACAUGAUGAGAUUGUCAGGAUUUUUGCUGGACCAAGGUUGGCCAUUGUUAGUGAGCGAGUUUGGGAUGGACUUAAGAGGAACCAAUGUAAAUGACAACAGGUAUAUAAAUUGCUUCUUGGCUACAGUGGCUGAACUUGACCUGGACUGGGCCUUAUGGACACUUGUUGGGAGUUAUUAUUUAAGAGAGGGGGUAAUUGGGUUAAAUGAGGUCUAUGGAGUGCUUGACUGGAGUUGGUGUGAAAAUCGAAAUUCAAGCUUCUUGGAGAGGAUAUCUGCUGUUCAAUCUCCAUUUCGAGGGCCAGGCCUAUCAGAAACUAAACUACACAAAGUGAUUUUCCAUCCAUUAACCGGUCUCUGUGUCCUAAGAAAAUCAUUGUUUGAACCAUUAAGGUUAGGUCCCUGCUCUAACUCUGAAGGUUGGAGCUACUCAGCCCAGAAAACUUUAACAUUAAAGGGAACAUAUUUCUGCUUACAAGCAAAUGAAUUGGAAAAUCCAGCAAAGCUUGGUAUAAUCUGCACAGACAGUACUGCAAAGUGGGAAACCAUCUCAGAUUCUAAAAUGCAUCUCUCAACAAAGGUUAACAAUGGUUCUACUGCUUGCCUAGAUGUAGACUCCGAAAAUACCAUUGUUGUGAGUACCUGCAAAUGCUUGGGUAGAGAUAACAUGUGUGACCCAGGGAGCCAGUGGUUCAAGCUUGUUGACAGCACAAGAAGUUCAAUUUCUACAAAAUCCUUUCUUCAGAUGGACUCGAUAUUGGCUUUGCCUGGUAAGGAUUUUGUAUGGAAGUUGUUGAGAUCAGCAUUAGAGUAAUGGGCAAAGGGAAGCAACCAAACAAGUCAUUCACAAUUGAAAAAAAAAAAAUUUCAGGAUAGAAAAUGGUGAAUCUUCCCAAUUUGCAUACAGAUGUUGGACUUGUUAAUCUCACAGGAAAUUUCAUUUUGUAAAAUAGAAUAAAAUAAUGAAGGUUAAUUAUUUCCUGUCUAA